CUGACCCUGGGUAUUGUACGAUCUGGGAGGGGGGGAUCUGAUCACGACCGGCUUGUUUGGUAGUGAGCAGCACAUGUCCAGCGAUUUUUAUGAAGCCCAACGACUUAAACGACGGCGAAGUGCCGGGAUGAGACCCAAAACCCGCAACAUGUAUCGCGCCUUCCUCUCCGUAUCCAGAAACCUCAUCCGUCUCAGUAUCUAUAACCCGUUUGUCCUAUUAUGGAUUGUAAACGUCUUUGUCUGCGAAGUUUGGUUAUCGAGGGCGUAUAUCGGGCGGUGUUCUUGGCCGGCUAGUGAUCAGGAUGGAGCGAACCCAAUACGAGUGGUCGUUAUUGCAGAUCCACAGUUGACCGAUGCAUAUUCUUAUUCCCAAUCCGGACUGGGCCUCGCCUUGACCCAGUUCUACUCUGAUCUGUACAUGAAGCGGAACUUUAAGGUCCUUCAAUCGAAAUUGGAGCCCGAUGUAGUGGUUUUCUUGGGGGAUAUCAUGGAUGGAGGGCGGGAAUGGGCGGAUGAUCAGGUUUUCGAAGAAGAGCUACAAAGGGUGCGCAGAGUAUUCUGGAUACGAAGUCCAAAGACGCGGGUAUUGUGGGUGGCAGGGAACCACGAUAUAGGGUUUGGCAAUAAAGUCCUCCCAGACGCCUACGCCCGCUUUCGCAAAACAUUUGGCGAACCCAACUACGCUGUCGACCUUGCCAACUUUACUGUAGUUGCUCUGGACACUGUUAGCCUGAGCGGAACCCCCGGCCCAAUACAUUACGACAAAGCCCGCACAUUUUUGGAUUCUUUCAAAGAUCCCUCCCAAAAAUCCCGUGUACUAUUGACACACAUCCCACUCUUUCGCUCCCACGACGCCGGAUGCGGCCCAGGACGACGACACCCCGUAAUACAUCAAGGCGCGGGCUAUCAAUACCAAAACCUAGUUGUAGAGACUCUUUCUGAGGAAAUUUUGACAAAGAUUCGACCCAGUAUCGUGUUAUCCGGAGACGAUCACGAUUGGUGCGAAUAUACUCAUCGAGUUGGCGGUGUGGAGAGCAUCGAGCAUACCAUUGCAACGUUUUCUUGGAUGCAGGGCAAUCACUACCCCGGCUUUGCGCUCCUAACCCUUCCCCAAGCAGGAAGCCCCACCCUCCAGGCCUGUACACUUGCACCUCAACUACGUAUUUACAUUUGGUACAUUUUUCUCGCCAUCUUAACAUUUCUCCUCCUCAUUCCGUACUCUGCCUAUCAAAUACGCCGAAAAUCGGUAUCCUACGUUGAGAUUCCUUUGUUUGGGUAUAAUCAGCUGAGUGGGCUCCCACGACGACGGAGCAACGUUGGGGAGAGGUGGAAGGUUGAUGCCAGGACGUGGAGGUUAGUUGGGAGAUUUGUUGGAGAGGUUUUGGGUAUGAGUUUGGGCAUGUACAUGCUUUUUAUCAUGUGGGAUUGGACUGUAUAAAGAUGGUUUGAAACUAGAGGCUUAUUUCAAAGUUGUCGUCACGUGGGUAUAAUACCCACGUGAUAGCGAUUCCCGUGGCUUCUGAGACUCACUUGCAGAGUUUGCA